GUUGCCACACCACAGAGAUUCAGCAUUUGGAUGCUGAUUUUUCUGCUUCUAUUUAAUUCUAUUUAAUGCUAUUUAACUACAAUUAACUUUUUCCUUAAUACUGAUUUUUGUUUCAUUCAGUAUUCAAUUUGUUAAUUCAUUUUCUUACUUACUAAAUUAUCUUAUUGUUAGUUUGCUGUUUUAUAUCUUUUAAGAUUUUUGUUAACUUAUUUAUUGGACUGUCUUGCAUUUUUACAGCUCUGUGUCAAUUUGUGUCCAAAAAUGAGGUUAUUCAAUUUAUUCUGGUUCUUUCUGGUCUCGUUGUCACUUUUUGGUCAAGGUCAUGGAUUGGCUGUCAUGUCAAUCGAUCUUGGCACCGAGUCUCUCAAAAUAGCUAUUGUGUCACCUGGUAAACCAAUGGAGAUUAUACUAAAUACAGACUCUCAGAGAAAGACUCCAUUAGCUGUAGCUUUUCGGGAUGGUGACAGGUUAUUUGGAGAAGCAGCGCUAUCAACGGCUGUGAGAUUCCCUGAGAAAGUCUUUACUCAUUUCUUGGAUUUGAUUGGGAAAAAUUACGAUUCUCCAGCUGUUAAAUUAUUUAAAACUCGUUUCCCUUACCACAACAUGACCAAAGAUCCUGAAAAGUCCACUGUAAUAUUACAUCAUCCUGAUGGUAUGACCUUCACCCCAGAGGAAAUUUUAGCCAUGGUUCUGCAUAAAGCAAAAAGUGAUGCUGAAAUUGCUGCAGGAGAUAAGCAAUCCAUUAAAGAUGCUGUGAUCACUGUUCCUCCCUAUUUUUCUCAAGCGGAACGACGUUCUCUCACACGUAGCGUACAAAUGGCUGGGUUGAAAGUUCUUCAAUUAAUGAAUACCAAUACUGCUGUUGCUCUCAACUAUGGAGCCUUCAGACGUAAAGAUUUCAAUGAAAGUAAUCCCAAUUUUGUUCUCUUUUAUGAAAUGGGAGCUUCAUCAACUGUUGCUACUGUAGUUGCUUAUCAAACGGUCAAAACAAAAGAAAGAGGUUUUGUUGAAUCAAAUCCACAACUAACCAUCAAAGGAGUUGGAUUCGACCGAAAUUUGGGAGGUCUUGAAAUGCAAAUUCGUCUUAGAGAUUAUCUGGCUAAAUUGUUUGUUGAACAGACAAAAAAUAAAUAUCCAGUCCAAUCAAAUAAGCGUGCCAUGGCAAAACUUUUCAAGGAAGCAGGUCGUCUCAAGAAAGUUCUCUCUGCCAACACUGAACACGUAGCUCAAGUUGAGAAUGUAUUGAAUGAUAUUGAUCUUAAGGCUCCUGUAAAACGCACUGACUUCGAGGAUCUUUGUUCUGAUCUUCUUGGAGACCGUCUCACUAAACCAGUUAUGGUUGCUCUUGAGUCAGCUGGCUUGACAAUGCAAGAAGUCGAUCAAGUAAUUUUAUUCGGUGGAAAUACUCGUGUUCCUAGAGUGCAACAAGCUCUUUUAGAUUAUUUUAAAAUUAAUGAGUUAGGUAAAAGUGUCAAUGCAGAUGAAGCUGCUGCCCUUGGUGGUGCCUAUCAAGCUGCUCAUCUCAGCAAAGGAUUUAAAGUGAAAACUUUCAUUGUUAAAGAUGCUAAUCUAUACCCAAUACAAGUUGAUUUUUCACGAGAAAUUGUUGGAGAAGAUGGAUCCAAAAAGACUCGACUCAUGCAAAGAGUUUUAUUUACCCGCAAUAACUUGUAUCCUACUAAAAAAGUAUUAACAUUCAGUCGACAUUCUGACGACUUUGAAUUCUUCAUUAAUUAUGGUGAUUUGCAGAGCUUCUUUUCUGAGGAAGACAUUGCUAACAUCGGCUCUUUGAACAUAACCAAAAUACAAGUUAAAGGUGUGACCGAAGCCAUGGCUAAACAUAAAGAUGAAAAUAAAGAGUACAAAGGUAUCAGAGCUCAUUUCCGUAUGGAUGAAAGCGGAAUCUUGAACAUGGAAAACGUUGAAACUGUUUUUGAGGCUAAAAUAGAGGAACCCAUUGAGGCAGAAAAGGGUAAUGUUGUUGGAGAUGCUUUUGCCAAAUUUGGCAACACAAUAAGCAAGCUUUUCGGUGGUGGAGGAUCAGAAGAAGCAGUACCAACAACUGGUGAAGAGAAACCUGAAGAACCUUCUAAAGAAUCUGUUGAUCAGUCAACGAAUGAGUCAACCAAUGGAGUUAAUGGCACUGAUAGCUCAUCAAAGGCUUCACCUAAUGUGACAGAAAAACAGGAUCAAGCUGCAGCCCAAAAUGUAUCAGCAGAAAGUUCAACACCAGUAAAAACUGAGGUUAAAAUCAAAACUAUUAAGGAACCAGUGAUUGCUGAAAAGACUGAUUUAGACUUGCCUCCUCUCGACGACAGUGAGAUUAACUGGUCGAUCAAAAAGUUGCAGGACUUGAUUGCUAAAGACGAAGAGAAACACAAACGAGAUGGAAUGAAGAACAGUCUUGAAUCUUUCAUUACCGAAACAAAGAUGAGACUUUACGAGAAUGAAUAUGAGUCAGCUUCUACUCAAGAGGAACGAGAAAAGAUUUUAAAAGCUUUGGAAACCACAUCGGAAUGGUUAGAGACCGAGGCUGAUAGUGCUGAUUCUAAGACUAUCGAAGAAAAAUUGUUCAGUCUGAUGAAAACAGCGCGUGACGUUUUCGAAAGAGUUAAAGAACACAAAGAACGCCCAGAAGCUUUAAAAGCAUUAAAUGAAAUACUUAACAUAAGUCGCAUGUUUUAUGAAGGUGCUCUUAAUACAUCAGCCGAAGAUCAAAUAUUCACUGAAGUUGAAAUAACAACUCUUGGUAAACUAGUCAAGGAGACUGAAGUUUGGUUAGGAGAAGCAGUUUCUGAACAAGAAAGGAUUCCCAGAUUUGAAACACCAAAACUUUUAGUUCGAAAUAUUCAGGAGAAAAUUGUGACACUUGAUCGAGAGGUCAAAUAUCUAAUCAACAAAGCACGAACAACUCCACCAAAACCUAAGACAACUGACGAUACAGCUAAACCAACUGAAAAUGAAGCUGAUAGUUCCAGCGAAGGUGAACCAAACGAUGAAACUAUUAAUAUGGAUCAAGCUGCGGAAGAUAAUAUUGUUAAUGAAGUUGAAACUGAUAGCAAAAUUAAAUCUGAUAAGCCAUCUCAGAAGGCCGAAUCUUCAGCUGAACAAUCUACAACAGAGAAACCUCUAGAAUUAAGUUCGAAUGACGCUGACCAACAACCACAACAUUCCCAGAAACCUAAACCAACGGCCACUGUAGAUGAACCACAUACAGAGCUGUAACCUUUAAUAUCAUUUGUAAUUAAUUAUUUAGGAAUCAAAUUUGCAAUUAAUUUAUAUAAUAAUAUACAUUAAUGUUUUCCUAUUCAAACGAAACAAAAAAUUAACCAAAGCGUUUACAUUUUUUUUUCUUUUCCUACUGUUUUCGCUUUCAAAAAGAAACAAUGUAAAAAAGAUUUUUUUAUAAUUCCAUUUUAUCAAGAUUCCUCAUUCUCUUCUUUUACAGUUUCCUCUUCAUUCUCAUUUCGGUUUUUCUUAUCCUUUUUUCGUUUCUUCUUUUUCUUUCCCUUUGUUUUGCUCUUUUCUUUUCCACUAACGCGUAAGAAGUCAACACUUGGUGCUCUUAAACGUGUCAUAUUUUUGGCUAUCCAGCGAGUAUAAAUGAUCAUAACGCCAGCAAUCGCAGCAAUUACAUUAACAAAGAUAAUCAGGAUUCUCCAAAAGUGCAUCCAAUCGGUUAUUUGAGUGAGAAAAAAGGAUUUGCCAUUUUCUGGAUAAUCAACCAAUUUUUCAUCAACUGGUGACCGAGGGAUAAGAAGUAGAAAUGUUGUUAUACAGGUUGAUACCAACAGAAUCAAUGGACCCAAUGAUCUAAUCAGAUUGAAUAAGAAAAAUAAAAAAGAUUGAAACGAUGAAA